ACUCUAGCUUGUACAUAAAGGAUAUACUAAAAAUGGGUCACUAUGGUUUUUGAUCCCAUGCCCACCAAUGGUUGUGCAUUAGUUGCUACAUUUCUCCGGCUUUAUUGCAAAACAAGACAAUUAUCUGUGCAGCAGGGAAGCAAGUAUCAGUCCAAUUUCCUUGAAAUUUUGAUCGAGAAAGUAAGGAAAAAUAUCGUUCAAACCAAAAAAUGCUACCUAUACGUAUUUCCAGAUAUCGGGUCCAAAUGCAUCGUGAAAGUAAGGAUGUGAUCGACGUGGAACGUGUUAAUCAUUGUCCUGCGUCAGAGAGGCAACACACCAACAAUCAACCAACCAUUCAAGCAUCUUCCAUAUGGAGACCAAACACAAAGUGAAAUCGUUCCACAAUCAGAGAGACUUCUAAGACACUACCGCUAUUCUCUAUUCUAUUACAAAUUGAGUGCGAGAGAUAGACUUAGACGCAUAACUCAUGAAUAGUGUCCUCGAGAUUGAGAUCAAUGCACGACGAGAUUCCUGUGGAAGCGACAACAUUGGCGACAGGUUCGGCUAUGGGAAAAUGCUGCUAGCGAUUCUCCUGAGGAGAAAAUCCCAGGACGCAAUUGCCUCGCCAACCAAUGGCCACGAUCAUCAGCAAACUAGAGACAACCAACGACAAGAUGGUGUGAGUGAGAGUGAUGAUCUCAAGUCAAGACAAGACAGUUUCUGUCUAACCAGAAUUAUCUUCGGACUAGUCGUGAUGGUCCUACUACUCAUCAUUUCCACAGCGUGCGCUGUGUCCUAUAUCCAAGCUUCGGACGCACCGUCUCCGUUGCCUCCAACCUCAUCCCUUGUAUCUCAAAGUGCCAAAACUUACCAUUCAGUAUUCAGAGACCAGAAUUUUUACCACAAUGACACCAACAUGGAUUUUAGCCAGGGUGUCACAAGUACUCCAGUUGAUCAAGAGGAAAGUGAAGCCAAUAGUGCAAACCCAAAUGAGAGUGCGAUAUUUGAAGAGAAAUCAUGGUACGAACCUGCGGUCAACCAUGAGAAGGAUCAGUGGCCCAUCCUGGAUGGAAGUGCAUCCCAAGCGUCAGACAAUGUCACAGAUCACAGCUUGGACAAGAGAAUCCUCGACUUAUCUGAUAACUUACCGUCUCAAUCCAAUGCGUCCAUGACGGAAACGCUUCCCGACCCUUCAGCCAGGAUAGGAAGCUAUGUGGCGUACAUUCCAAUCCCAUUUGACGAUGACCAUGAUGAAGACUCAGAAGAUGAGUAUUACUACGACGCCGACGAAUAUGAGAACGAGGCAGAAGAGUACGAAGAUUACGAGGAUUAUGACGAGGAUCCUCCCAAUAGAUUGGAUAAGCAUGGACCAAAGAAUCGCAGACGCUAUUCUGGAUCCCACUCCUCAAGCCGUGGGGGCAAACGAAAAUCCAGACCACGAGGCCAAAGGAGGAAAACCUCCUCCAAUGACAGAGAUCAAGAUGAUCAUCAUAAGAUGCCUUUCCUAGUCCCAUUAAUGGUAAUGCCUGAUCAAGGGAAUCAAGAUUCAUCAGAUAGUUUUGGGCACGAUGAUGGUGGUGAGUACGUGGAUGAGGAGGAGCUGGAGUUUCUUGACCCAGAUGACAUUAUUGAGACAUUUCAAGACUUUACAACAGAUGACGAUGACGAUACACUGAACUACGCGGGCGAAAACCGUCUGAGACCGGAUCAGUUUGCUAAAAGGUACAUGAAGAACAGGCGAAAACCCUUCCGCCGAAACCAAUCCUACAGAGGAGGCAAUCGUGGUCAGGGAGGAAGGCACAGAGUGGGUAGUGGGGGUGGACGAUACAAUGAGUACUACAAUGAUUAUGAAUCUGAUUACAACUUUGGAUACUGGGAUGAUGGUCCCAGUUACUCUGGGCCCAGGGAUCAUGGAGAUGACUAUGACAGAGGAUCCACAGGAUCAGGGCUUCGAGAUUAUUCGCCUCCCCGGAGAAACAGUGGUGUGCGAAGACCCCAAUUCCAGGACUCUGGUCCAAGGGGGUAUAACAGAGUAGGGAACCGACCCGUUAGACACCAGACUGGCUACAGAGGUGGGAAUGCUGGGUAUGGUCCACCAAGACUGGGCAAUGGUCCGAUCAAUCCUGGACCUGUAGAUAGAAGAGAUGGUCCUCCAGGGUACUCACCUCCGCCGCCAAAUCCUUUCCUCCAUCAAAUGCCUGGACCCCCCUAUCCAUUCCCACCUCCACGUGCCCCAAAUAAACCUCUGGAUAAUACUCGCAUUCAUCCAUCAAAAUUGGAUCCUGUUUACCAAAACCCCGAUGGUCCAGGAUCACCAAAGGAAGAGAGUACCGCCAAGCACUUGGAAGAGGGAGCUCCCCAGAAGGCGAAACGUAGAAAUGAAGAUCCAUCUGGCAAAGGAGCCACAGUCAUUGUGGUUCAUCAAGAAAGUCCAUACCCACUCAAUAUCAUUCAAAACCCAGUUCAAGGAGUCCAACAGUCAAACCCUCAUAUGGUGUCCCAUCACAUUUCUUCUAGUAAGGAUACCCAAGAUUCCAUUCCGAACUCAAUCACAAAUAUCUUAAACCGCACGUUGAAUUCCUUGGACAAGCAAAAUAUAUACAAUGAUCUUGGACCAAAUUUGCUCUUAGAUGGAAUUCUUCCCCCAGAACCUCCGCCGCGUCCCCCAGGACCCCCAUUAGAUGUCAGUUUGUUGAAUAAGGGUCUUCUGAGAGAAAACUCCUUUUCAAAACGAAUGGGAAGUUUGGGCGAGUUUGAGUCCAUGAAUGUCAUGUCUCGAGUUCCACCUCCUCCCAACUUUCUCGCUAAUCGCCUAAAGAACAGACGCAAGCCCAAUUGGCAGCGAUUGCCCCGUAUUCCGGGUCCAAACCGAAACUCUCUUAUGCAAAGACGCCGACCCCUUCCUCCAUUACAUUUAGAUGAUUUCGCCCCCACAAGAAGUAGAAGACCUAUCCCUUCAUUAUCAAAUCGUCGAGGCGGGGACAGGCAUGGACAGUCUCAACGUCGGGGUCCUUACCAUGAUGUCAGUGAAGACAAAUAUGAGGUUGAAUUGAAUGAUGAGGAUAUUGAAGAAGACUUUCAUUAUGAUGUUGAAGACCAUGAUGAGGACUUUGAUCGAUAUAACCCAAACCGUGGUCCUUCAAUCAGCAAUAGGCGUUAUCAAGAUGUUGGGGAGAGCUUAGCCGAUGAUCCAUAUUCUAUAACACGUCCUUACCAGGAUGUCCAGAGCCUUAUUGAUGAGGAGUUUCAAAACAACUUUCAAGGCUUCCCCAAAAGAGUCAGCUCAACUGAAGAAACUUAUCCUCCAAACAUUUUUAACAAACGUCUCCCAUCUACAUCCCCUGAGGACGAGUACCCAAAUACAGUGUAUAUACAUCCACCCACCACAAGAAGUCCAAUACUAAGACCCCCACCCCUGCACCCUGGUGUAGAUAUACCUGGAGUGUCCCAUCCUCAGGAUUCUGGGAACAUUCAAGACAUCAUUCAUCAUGCGGACGGAUUUAACGAAAGGAUUGAUUAUGGACACCGGAACAAGAACAAUGCUGACAUUGAACUGCAUGAGGACUAUUUGGAGGAAGAACAUGGUGGAGACGAGGGGGAAAAGCCAAGUUACAGUGGGUACAGGCCUCCAAUUGGAUACAAAGGGCCGACUCAUCCACCAUCCAAGGUGUAUCAUUAUCCAUCAUAUCCUGGAACCAACCAAUAUCACCCGGAGCCCCCUUCAGUAACUGUUGUUGAAAACAAUCAUGGCUCCUACCCAAACAACUAUCACCAUGGAACUUCUUAUGGUUCUUCUGACCAUGAUGAUGACUCAGAGGACACCCAUAGCUAUGAAUACACCCCUGAUAGACGACCCAAGCUGCCCCAGGUGUUCACAGAAGUCAGCCCUAUAAAAUUUGAUAAACAUUUCAACAAAUUUAGACCCACAGAGGAUCACAGCCACAACACACAUGACUAUGAACAUAGCAAUGAAGGCCAUAAUUCUGGCUAUGAUCACGACCACGACAACAACAAUGAUGACUACAAUCAUCCAGACUUUCCUAAGAACCCAGUUUUCCGACCUCCACAAUCCACAGUCAUUCCCCCAGUUUUUGCAAACAACGUUCGACCGGAAUCCUUUUCCAGUCCUCCUGGUCCUGAUAUCUAUGACGGAAAUGGCCAACUUUACCCGCCAGAUACGAGUGGGGAGGUGAUUGAGCAUUUCGAGUACAAACCCGCCAAUAGACCCACUUACCAGCCAACCUCUCCGCCUAAACCCGUUCCACCGCCACCAGUUCAUUAUCGACCCCCAAGUAAUUUUGACACAAUCAGUCAGGGGAUCUUUAACAAGAUCAAUAACCUGUCCAACCGAAUCCCUAAUGGACCGCCCGGCGUCCACAAGCCUCCACAAGUUCUCACCGACACAUAUUCACAAAACGACAAGCCAGAGGUGAAUAUGUUCCCAGUACCCCCCGAAAGUGUUCACCAGGGCACUCAUGCAGACAAUACUAAAUACCAUAACCAUAAUAACCAUAACCCCACAUACCACCAUCCAGAGCAACAUCACCACAACUUACCCACUCAAAGACCCACAGUGGUCUACCAUAACCAACAUAACGACAUCUACUUACCCGCUGAGCACGAUUACAAGUAUAACAAUGCUAAUGUCUAUGAUCCCAGUCACAAACCUUCAUUUGAUGUGCAUAACCACAAACCGGAAACCACUGAGAUUUACACUCCUAACAACCCCCAUGGCCCAAACACAUAUGUGGAAUACACCAGCAUUCCGGGAAACAACCAUGCCUACCAGAAUCCCAGUCAUCAUGAGACUUUGGGGCACAGGCCUGCAGUUCCCCUGGAUUACGACCCAACCCGUCCCGAUGGUCCUGAUUACUCCACUGGCACGGGAUAUCUUGAAGACAAGCUCUUUGAUGCCGCCCCCUCUCCUCCUAAAUCUCAUCCCAUGAGCAUUGGCUUGGACGUGUAUCCAAUGGAUGGCACAUCAAAACAAGGAUACCCCCGGGGCUCGUCCCAUGAUAACAAGCAUGAGGUACUCCUUCAUCUGAACCUUUUCUCUAAGAAACCUUUGGACGAGACUAAUUCGGUGUCUAUUGGACCGUUUUCCUACAAUUUUGAAAGGGACAAUGACAAUCGAAGGAUACAAAACGAUCGGAUGUAUCACAGCAUUGACCAGGCUCCAAUCAUUGAGGACUCGCCGGUGGCCAAUGUUCGACGGAAACAUCUCAUGGAAGUGAUGAAACAAUAUGGCAAGACUGUUCUUAAUGAAGAGGAGACUGCAGAUGAUUCUAGUAGCCAUCCCUUAUUUGGUCACAUCAACCCGGUCAACCUACUCAAGGUCUUUGUUGACAGGAGUAAACAAAGGAUGCAAGGACACCAUCACACAUCAUCAAGCAACACAAAUAUGAUCAUAUCCAAGCGAAAGGAGUCCCAGCCUCCCAACCUCCAAAACAAGGAGACCAUUCAGCUUUUGACCAAAGGCAAGCCUUGGUAUGGCGACCCUGCCGAUUCCGAUUCAAAACCUGAGCCUCCUUACGCCGACUUCACAGAAUCGGUUCUCCACGUGGAGGAUGUCAAUGCUCAAGAACUCACCACGCCCAAGAGUGUGAUUGUUCCAACCACAGAUUUUAGACCAAGACAGAACCGGCUUGAACCUGACCCAGCUAAACCUCUUGACACUGGCAUUCCAAUUAUCAAGAGAAAUAAUUUGACUCAAACGGAAGGGGGAGAAAAGGAUUAUGAAUAUUAUUAUUAUUACUACUAUGAUUAUGUAGAUCCGGAUGACGAAGAGCUCUCCAAUAGCGUGGAGAGUCUCCCCAAUCCUUCCUAUCAGAAGUUGGUUUCAAAUGGAACCCUGGAAAGUGAUGUUACUUCAACGCCAAAGACAGCGAUGAAAAGACAGAAAGUGCGUCGCGUCAAAAAAGGACCUCCCAGGAAAAGGCUAAAGGAGCAGAAUCAAGAGAAAAAUUCAAAUCCCCUGAUAGUGCAUUGAAAUAUAAUUUCAUGCUGGCCAUAAAUUCUCUGUUGUCAAUAAAGGCAUGUCUUAAAUUCAUAAAAAGAGAAUUUGAAAGGGUCGUAGCUAACAAUUGAUACAUACAGGGUGUCAGAUGGUACUUUACAGCGGCUCAGUUUUAGACCGUUUUGAUUAAGUCAAAUCCAUGACUUGUGAUUCCACCCCUUUAA